GUUAGCUGGUCUAGGUUCCUUCUCAAUGGUGUUCGAGUUCUCCAUCACCUACACAGGUACUCUGUUCCAUGACCCUAUCCCUGCCAAUGCCCAUAGGCAUGCUACCUCUUAUGCUCGUCGCCCUAUCAUUCCCACCUAUCAGAUUCCUUAUGCUGGUCUAGCUGAGUAUGGUCUUGAUUUCACUCAACUCAUUCACAAUCUAGCUUGGGAUUUUCUUAUUGAUGAAACCCUGGAACAUGUAUGUCCUGAGGCAGUUCGUCUUUUUUACUCAAAUUUUCGUUCCUUUGGCAUAGAUACUCGAACUUUUACAAUCCUGGUUUAUGGUCAUCUUGUUACUAUCCCCAUUGAGGAUCUUAGGCGUCUGCUUUCCAUUCGUCAAGUUGGUGAAAUUUUAGCUCAUGAGUCCGAGCUUUUGCUGUUUAAUUUCAAUAUCGAGCAUGAGUUCGUACAGCUGACUGGUCACGCUCGUGAUGCUCUGCUCACCCUUCCAACCACCUUCCUGCUCCCUGCUAUCCGAACCUUCCAUUUUUUCCUCACUCAUCGAUUCCUUCCUAGGACUGUCCUUCUGGAUCGUGUCACACCUCUGGAUCUCUGGGUCAUUCAGCAUUCUGUGAACAAUGUACCUCUCGAUUACUCUCAUCUACUGUUUGGACAUCUGCACAUGUUCCAAUAUUUUGAAUACCAUGCUCAUCUCCCUUUUGGCCCUCUGCUUACGCGUCUUAUCACUCGUCUUGAAAUUUCCCUUGACCCUUUUCGCUCCACCACUCCCUCCGUUUUCCUUACUGCUGAUAAUGUCUUGGACGAGAUUGCCGUUGCCAUUGAGGGGGAGGAUGAUUCAGACUCAGACUCUAAAGAACCAGAGGAGGAACAUGCAGAAGAAGAAGAACCAAAUCAGGAUAUAGAAGUUCAUUGGAUUAGCAGCAGCAGCAGUAGCGGUAGCAGCAGUGACAAUGAUGAUGAUUCAGGAACACCUCUGCUGAGUGAUGUGUUAGCUGAUCUUCAGGAUACUUAUGGAUCUGAUUCUCAUGAAUCAGAUUAACUCUUCAUUAACCCUUCCUGUUGAUGCUCUUUAUUUGGUUUUUGGUUUGCUGGACGUGUCUUCUUCCAGCUGAUUGUUUAAACUAGAUUUGCUGGUUCAGUUUUCAGUUUAAGUUCGCACUCUUGAAUGCCUGCUGGAUAUUUUCAAACUUUGCUGAAUUGUGGUUGAAUGAGUAGAACUGGUUAGAUAUUGUUUUUGCGUGGAAUAGUGGUUCCUAUUUUGCAGGGUUCAAGCGGACAAUCGGAAAUCUCCAACUUAGGGGGAGAUUGUUGAGAUCAAGUUAGGAGAUCUCCAAAUCAUAAAUCAAGGGGGAGCAGAUCAAUCAAUCAAGAUCACAUUCGCCA